AUGACCAUCGUGAACUUCUACCGCCAACCCUCUCACGAUACCGCACUAAACAUUCUGCUGGGGUGGUCGCCACCGGAGAGGUGCGUGGUGGCGGGCGACUUCAAUGCCAAGCACUACUCCUGGCAGACGGGAAGAUUAGAGGACCGUGGGGAAGACAUUGCCGCCUGGGCGGCCCAAAACGGUCUCAGUCUCUUGAAUACUGCAGAUGUGCCCACAAACCCUCACGGCAACACAAUCGAUCUAGCCUUCUCCAACAUUGCUCUGGCGGCUGCCGUCGUGGAAGAUCACCUUGCCACUAGUUCUGACCAUUUCACCCUCUGCCUUACACUGCCGGACUUUGCCCUAGUCUCUUACCAGGUGCCGGGCAAAGUCCGGGUUACAACUGAAGACGAACUGCAGCGCUUUAAAGAACUCGUUCUGGCGGGAAUACGCCGAAUACCACAAGGCAAUGCAACAGUCACGGAGCUGGACAAUCUGGCUACGGCACUGGUUGACCUUCUCCAAUCGGCAGCCACCGCCGCCGGUCGCCCUGUCCGGAAGGGGAACCGAAGUGCGCCGUGGUGGACCGAAGAAUGUGCCGGCGCAGCUGCGGAGUACCGGGCUAUCAGGAGGAUUUUCCCACUGGGUUUCAAUCGGGACGUACAACUUGCAAGAAAAGAGCUCCAACAUGUGGUUCGCCGUGCAAAGCGUCAGUACUGGCGCAACCUCAUUGACGGAUUUUCGGACAGCGCAUCAGUCUUCAAGGCAGUCCGAUGGCUCAAGGCUCCGGGAGCCUUCCAACCACCACCGCUUCAGGUUGGUGACGUUGUGUACGAAACUCAAAUCGACAAAGCAAACGCUCUGAGACGCUGCACGCUCGAGCGCCGCACGGCAGCAGAUGACAUUCCUGAUCCAUGGAUUCCAGUCAGUCCGUCUCGUGCGAUACCUUUUGGCCAAGAAAUCACACUCCAGGAAGUGGAGGAUGCUACUAUCAAGACGGGCAACACGUCACCAGGAGCUGACAACAUCACGGUCAAGCUGCUACAAGCAGUAUGGGACAUCAUAGGAGACCACGUCCGACGCCUCUACGAGGGUUGUCUCGCGGCAGGCCACCACCCGAAAGCCUUUCGAGAAGCAGAAGUAGUCAUGAUCCCUAAAUUGGGGAGAAGAAACCUUUCAAAGCCAAGGGCAUGGCGCCCCAUCUCGCUCCUCUCCUGUCUUGGGAAAGGUCUCGAGCGUCUUAUCGCUCGCCGCUUAGCAUGGGCAUCGAUAAACUACGGGGUCCUCCACCCGCAGCAGGCUGGGGCUCUCCCGAAAAGAUCGGCUGUUGACCUGGUCGCAGCAGUGGUUCACGACAUCGAAGAGGCACUCGCACGCGGACAAGUGGCCACACUGGUCACUGCUGACAUUCAAGGAGCGUUCGACUCGGCUCUCUGCAACCGCCUUGUUUUGCGACUCCGCCAACAAGGCUGGCCCGACAAUCUCGCACGAUGGGCAGGCUCGUUCAUGAGCGGCCGUUCCGCCAGGGUCAGGUAUCAAGACAUCACCACACCGACGACGCCACUGCAGUGUGGCUUUCCACAAGGGUCGCCUGUAUCCCCGAUCUUGUUUCUGUUGUACACGGAGCCGGUUUAUCGCUUGGGCGAACCCGAGCGACGGUUCGGCUACGCAGACGAUACAGCAAUUCUCUGCACGGGGAACACUGUGGGAGAGACAGCCAGAAAAGCAUCGGCGUAUAUUCAAGAGCUCGUGGAUUGGGGCGCCGCCAACGGCGUCUCAUUUGACCCGGACAAAACAGAAGUUAUGCACUUUUCAUUGAAGACGGGGGAAGCCUUGCCGCCCAUCUGGCACGGCGACGCGGUAAAGCACCCCGAAAAGGCCAUGCGCUGGUUGGGAAUCUGGCUUGACAGCAAAUUAACAUUCAAGACUCAUGUUGAGAAGUGGACAGCCAUGGCCCAGGCGGUGGCUUGCCACCUGCGGAGCUUAGGCAAUACACGACGUGGUCCUUUGCCGAGCGCUGUACAAAGGGCUGUUAGAGCCUGUGUCGAACCAGUCCUGCUAUACGGAACUGAAGCCUGGUACCCGGGCACACGGAGCCCGCGCUGGAGACGGCCAUCGAAAGAAGGACCGUCCAGAAUCCAACAACUUGUAAAGAAGAUGAGCAAGGCCAUCAAACAAGCCAUCCGCUCUAUCCUCCCGACUUGGAAGACGACACCAAUCACAAUUCUGCACCGGGAAAGCGGCAUACCGCCGAUUCUUCAGCUGCUCGAGGCGAAACGACUACGUUUCUCUGCUCGUAUGAAAUCCUUGGACAAAGAACAUCCCCUAGCUACACGCACCGCCGAGGUGACACCGCCGCCCAUCGUCAAGAGCAUUAAGUUGAAGUACCAGCAUCAACCCAAAGCCUUCCCAACUCGACUCAGAAGGACGGAUAGACUGCUCGCAAAUUGCCUACGCCCUGUACUGUUCCCGCGUAGAUACAACUUUGAGACACAGCAGCCGCUACAAACUGCAUCCAAAGCAGACUCUGCCGAAGACUUUGACGAGUGGCUCCAAUCCAUCUCUCCGUCGACUCUAGUUGUAUACUCAGACGGCUCACUGACCGAGAAGGGUGCGGCCGGGUACGGCUACACCGUUCACCAACGCGACCAUUCCAUCUGCCAAGGCGCAGGACGCCUUGGCCCUGCUGAGGUGUUCGAUGCUGAGGCCAAAGGGGCACUUGAAGGCCUGAAGGCCGCGCUGAGACUACCCCAAUCUGCCUCACAAAAGAUCUUUGUUUGCCUUGAUAACAUUGCAGCCGCCAGAUGUCUCCGGGGCCACCCCUCAGACUCCUCACAACGAAUUUUCCUCACUUUCCAAGCCUUGGCCAAGACUCACAGACAGACUGAAGUCCGCUGGAUACCUGGGCAUUCCAAGAUACCCGGAAACGAGCAGGCUGACGCGCUGGCGAAAGCAGGCUGCUCGCGACCAGGGCCCGUAGAUGCCGUUCCAACACUGGCCUUCUUGCGUAGAACCGCUAAACAGCGGUCCAAAGACGUAGUCCAAGUCUGGUGGGAUGUUUCUGCCCCUGACAAGUAUAAGUCUUUGAAUCUUCAAUUCCCUCGUGGCUGCCCACAGGAGUUAUCUCUUCCACGCACAACCCUCCAUCACCUACUUGCGGCGAGAACCCAUCAUGGGGACUUUGCUGACUAUCAUGAAAGAUUCAACCACGACGACGCACAACUGACAUGUAGCUGUGGUCGACGGAAGGCGCCCACGCACCUCUUCUAUUGCAGGAAGAUCCAACCGCGUCAUCGGAUGAGNGACUUUGCUGACUAUCAUGAAAGAUUCAACCACAACGACGCACAACUGACAUGUAGCUGUGGUCGACGGAAGGCGCCCACGCACCUCUUCUAUUGCAGGAAGAUCCAACCGCGUCACCGGAUGAGGCUUGCACCCUCACCGAUCGCAGCGAUCAACCGAGCAAUAGGCAGAGACUUUGACAAAUUCGUCAAGCUGGCGAAGGCAAGCUUCUUUCUCGAGAAGAUUUGCCCACGCCACUAG